AUGGAGCUCUAUAAGCAGUCGCUUUCCACCGGGUGGUCCUUCAGGGACCGCGAUACCGACGAAUGGAUGUCCGUUCCCGCGGUGCCCUCCGUGGUGCAACAAGAUCUCAUUGCAAACCAGAAACUGAAAGACCCGUUUAUCGGGUUCAAUGAACUGAAAGCCCGUUGGGUCAACGAGAAAUCAUGGGUUUACCGGAAUGUGCUCCGGAGACCGAAUGUCCCCGAAGGAGCGGCAAUUGAAUUGGUAUUUGAUGGUCUCGACACUUUCGCUACGGUCACACUCGAUGGCCAGACGAUCUUGCAAAGCGACAAUAUGUUCCUCGGACACCGGGUCAAUGUCACCAAGGCUUUGGAAGCCGAGGGUGAACAUACUUUAGAGAUCGAGUUCGACUGUGCCCUGCUCAGAGCUCGUGAACUGCGAAAGCAAGAUCCGAAACACAAGUGGGUUGGAUUCAACGGUGACCAGUCUCGACUGGCAGUGCGGAAAGCUCAAUACCACUGGGGCUGGGACUGGGGACCGGUCUUGAUGACUGCGGGCAUCUGGCGUGCAGUCCGAUUCGAAGUAUACACUGCUAGAGUGGUUGAUCUGUGGCCACAGACAAAACUGGCUGCAGAUCAGCAGACCGCCGAGGUGACUGCUGUCGCCAAGUUUGAUGCGAUGACCACCGGAGACUACACAGCUCGAUUCAGGUUGAGCUCAAAGGGGAAUGAAAUUGCCCAUCAGGACGUUCCGGUCUCGACGGACCAGAAUGCAGAAGUCACAUUCCGGGUGAACCGCCCUGAGCUCUGGUGGCCACAUGGAUAUGGCGAGCAGGCUCUGUACGAGGUCUCCGUUUCGCUUGUCCGAAAUGGCGAGGCGGUGGACCAAGUGAGCAAGAAAUUUGGUAUCAGGACCGCGGAAGUCAUUCAACAGCCGGACAAGCAUGGCAAAUCAUUCUUCUUCCGAAUCAACGGGAUGGACAUUUUCUGCGGUGGGUCAUGCUGGAUUCCCGCCGAUAGUCUACUACCCAAUAUCAGCGCUGAACGGUACCGCAAAUGGAUCGAGUUGAUGGUGGAAGGCCGGCAGAUCAUGAUCAGAGUCUGGGGUGGUGGAAUCUACGAAGACGACUGCUUCUAUGAAGCCUGCGACGAGCUUGGCGUGCUGGUCUGGCAGGACUUUAUGUUUGGCUGUGGCAACUAUCCCACCUCGCCCGAGAUCCUGGAAUCGAUACAGCAGGAGACGGUGUACAACGUUCAACGUCUGCGGCAUCACCCAUCUAUUGUGGUUUACGUUGGAAACAACGAGGAUUAUCAGGUACAGGAAUCGGAGGGAUUGACCUACAAUUUCGAAGACAAGGACCCUCAGAGUUGGCUGAAGACGGACUUCCCGGCACGCUACAUCUACGAAAAGCUGCUGCCGGAGGUUGUAGCGGAACACUCUCCCGCGACAUUCUAUCAUCCCGGUAGCCCGUGGGGCGAUGGGAAGAUCUCAUCUGAUCCGACAGUUGGAGAUAUGCACCAAUGGAAUGUCUGGCACGGCACGCAAGAAAAAUACCAAAUCUUCGACACGCUGGGCGGUCGAUUCAACAGCGAAUUCGGCAUGGAGGCCUUCCCUCAUCUGUCCACCAUCGAACACUUUAUCGAGAACCCGGCCGACAUGUUCCCACAAUCCCAAGUGAUGGACUUUCACAACAAGGCCGACGGCCAUGAACGACGGCUGGCAACCUACUUGGUGGAGAAUCUACGGACGGCGACAGACCUCGAAACCUACAUCUAUCUCACGCAGAUCGUGCAAGCCGAGACGAUGAUGUUCGGCUACCGAGGCUGGCGCCGCCAAUGGGGAGACGAGCGACACUGCGGAGGCGCCCUACUGUGGCAGCUCAACGACUGCUGGCCAACCAUCUCCUGGGCGAUCGUGGACUACUUCCUGAACCCCAAACCCGCCUUCUACGCGGUGAAGCGAGUGCUCAACCCGAUCGCGGUCGGAGUACGACGAGAGCAUCAUGACUGGAGCGUCGCUCACGCACAACCCCCACAAACCAGCCGGUAUGAGCUCUGGGUAGUAAACAGCAAGCCACAAACCCUACAGGGCAGCAUCGAACUACGAUUCUUAUCGGUGGCCACGGGAAGAGAUAUCCGAUCCCCGGUGGUACGCGAUGUCACGAUCCACGCGAACGGGACGACGGAUGUCAUGACGGGGUUGAUCGACCACAUGGCCGAGGAACCACACGUGGUUGCCGCGCGGUUGUGGGUAGACAACAAGAUCGUCGCACGAGAUGUGGAUUGGCCGCAGCCGUUGAAGUACCUCGAUUUCUCCACACGGGGACUUGAGAUCCAGGUUCACCGCGGAGAUCAAGCGCGCGUUGUGAUCAACGCACGGAAACCGGUGAAAGGCCUGGUGAUCGAAGAGCAGGAGGGUGUCCGAAUUAGCGAUAAUGCCAUGGAUAUCGUGCCGGGCGACGAGCAGACCGUAAUUGUCCGCGGUCUGGGAAGCCGAUCGCUGACAUACCGUUACCUGGGACAAGACGCCUGUGGCGUGUUGGAGUGA